UGUGCAGGGCUCGGCGUAGUUGAAGUUCUCAGGUUACGUUUCCUUCAGCCUUUAUUAGCUGGUUUCUCCUCGGACCUGGUCCCUUCGUCUGCCCGGUGCUGGACACACAGCCUGCUAACAUGAAGCUUCCAGUCGCGAUUCUUGCAGUUUUUGCAUCGAUAGCUGUGACUAUCGAUGCUACCGUCUACUUCAAGGAGCAGUUUCUGGAUGGAGAUGGAUGGAAGAGCCGGUGGCAGGAGUCGAAGCACAAGUCAGACUAUGGCCAGUGGAAACUGAGCUCUGGAAAGUUCUAUGGGGACGCUGAGGCCGAUAAAGGUCUGCAGACCAGCCAGGACGCCCGCUUUUACGCCACGUCGGCCCGCUUCGAGCCCUUUAGCAACGAGGGAAAGCCCUUGGUCAUCCAGUUCACUGUCAAGCACGAGCAGAAGAUCGACUGCGGAGGCGGCUACGUCAAGAUCUUCCCCUCUGACCUCGACCAGAGCGACAUGCAUGGAGACUCACAGUAUUACAUCAUGUUUGGGCCUGACAUCUGUGGAUACAGCACAAAGAAGGUUCACGUAAUCUUUAACUACAAGGGCCAGAACCACCUCAUCAAGAAGGACAUCAAAUGCAAGGAUGACGAGCUGACCCACCUGUACACACUGAUCCUGAAUCCAGACCAGACAUACGAGGUGAAGAUCGACAAUGAAAAGGUGGAAUCUGGCUCCCUGGAGGAAGACUGGGACAUACUGCCCCCGAAGAAGAUCAAGGACCCAGAGGCCAAGAAACCCAGCGACUGGGACGACAGGGCCAAGAUCGACGACCCCAAUGACACCAAGCCCGAGGACUGGGAUAAGCCAGAGACCAUCCCUGACCCUGAUGCCAAGAAGCCCGAUGACUGGGACGAGGACAUGGACGGAGAGUGGGAACCUGCCAUGAUCAGUAAUCCAGAGUAUAAGGGAGAGUGGAAACCCAAGCAGAUUGACAACCCUGACUACAAGGGACCCUGGGUCCACCCAGAGAUCGACAACCCAGAGUACACUCAUGACGCCACAAUGUACAAGUACGACAGCAUCGGAGUGUUGGGCCUGGAUCUGUGGCAGGUUAAGUCUGGCACCAUCUUUGACAACUUCCUGAUCGCUGAUGAUGUCAAAGAAGCCGAGGAGUUUGGGAAGGACACCUGGGGCGUUACUAAGGGACCAGAGAAGAAGAUGAAGGAUGAGCAGGAGGACAUGGACAGGAAACUGAGAGAGGAGGAGGAGAAGAGCAAGAAGACGGACGCCGAAGGUGAGGAUGACGAGGAGGAGGAUGAGGACGAGGAAGACGGCGAGGAGGAGAAUGAGGAGGAAGAGCAAGACGAGACGGAUGAGGAUGCCGGGACAGAGGAGGACAGCAAAGCCAACAAGAAGGACGAGUUGUAAAGUAGAGGAGCUGUUUGGCAGACUGCUGUGUGCUGCCCUGCAGGUCCAAACUAAUGACAGAAGAUUAGUUAAAGCCCUAUGGACACUGGCCUUUCAUACAGCAGCCUUUUAUUCAAGUGUAGGGGCAGGGCAGGGGUGGAGGGGGGGUUAGAGAUGGGUGGGGGUCAGAUCAAAUUUAUUUUUUAUCGAUUCCCUUGUUGUUUUUUUUAGUCUUCAAAUUAGAGAAGGGAGAAGGGUUUACAUGUUGUUCUUCCCUCUGUUCUGGUUGAGAAUUUUCUAAUUUAAUGUGAUUUACUGAGCGCGGUCGGUUCCAUGGUGUGCGUGUGUGCGUCCUGCAGUUACUCACAGAGCCAAUUCUUUUUUUCUUUUUUUUUUCUUUUGUUGGGAUGUCCAGUAAAUUGAGGGUCUGCGAUGUCUGUUUCAUGCACUUUUUCCUCCUCCUGUUUGAUGUAGUAGUUUGUUCUGGAAUUGAUCCCCUUCAUAAUUUAUUAAAUCAUUAUAUUCAUUCCCUGGGAAACACAAAGCUCUGAUUUGCUCAUACGUCCUUCCUCCAGCUCUGUGUGUACGUGUGUUGUGUGUGUGUGUCUGUUUGAGAGCGAGACUGCAUCAGAAAAACUGUGAUUUUUAUAAUCCUCAUCUUCUCAUUGUUCUGGCUCAGUGACUGCCUCGCAGGCGCAUGCUGUUUUUGAGUUUCAGUGAAUAAAUUAAAGCUUCUCUCAACAACCUGA